AAAAUACCAUGCAAAAUAACAUCGAUCCUCGAGUAUCAAUUAGCGAAAAAAGGAAGAUGGCAAGUAAUUCAGCUGGAAACGACUUCUCAAUUACCCCUGGAAAAUCAUCAGCCGAGUCUCGUGAACUCCCCCAAACACAUGUCAACUAUUUCCCAGCUUCCAAGACAAAUCGUGCAGGCGAAAAGAGGGAAAGACACCUGGAAGACCAAAACGAUCGUAACGAAUCCAACAAAAAACGCUCUAAUCCACUCCCAAUAACAGAACGUUUGAAAGGACAAUCUGCCUCCCAAAAAAGCCUUCUUAAUGGAUCUCAAAAAAAUAAUACACCUUCUGACCAUCAAGUUGGAAAAGAUAAGAACAAUGACCGAAGACUUCCAACUUCUCGAAUAUCUAGUCCUCAAACACGAACAUCCUCAAACUCCAACACAUUAACAGCCAAAGAAAGAGAAGCCUUAAAAGUAGAUGCUAGAAUGUUUAUUCGGCAACUUCCAAUCGACCCAAGCAAGAGAGACUUAAUCGUCUUUUUUGAGAAGUACGGAAAAGUACUUGAUGUAUCACUCAAGGGAAACUAUGGCUUCGUUCAAUUUGAUUCUCCAGAAGCAUGUCGGUCCGCAGUCCGGGCUGAAAAUGGGCGCCACUUUAAAGGCAUUACUCUUGAGAAUUGCACAUCUCUUCAACCUUGCACUUCGAAACUUUCUGCCCUAUUUACCUCUCGCCCUCAAUCUACGAACAAUGAGCCAAUUUGUUCCACUCAUAUUCUUUGCUUGCUCUUGACAGGCCUAGAAGUCUGCCGCCACAAACCUUCUGGUAAAGACGCUGAAAAGGUAGUCCCUAAUCGCCACAACAACCAUCGCGGCGGAAGAUCGCCCUCCUCAGAGCGCCGUAAACGCUCUCCCAGCAAAUCUCCUCCCCCUAAAAGACGCGAAAACUUACAUUCUGGACAAAAUCGUGAUCACCAAGAUAACUCCUCACGAAACAAUUCUACUGGAAAGAGACGGGCCGAAAAAAAUACAACUGAAGAUACCUAUGAAGACGCAACUUCUUACUCCAAGAGUGAUACUUACAAUAGUAAGGUCAGACGCAUUGAAGAUUUGUAUCCUCCAGCAUCCCCUAAGUACGAUGUUCACUCCAACCCAUACAUCACUACCCAGUACCGACCCGAGACCUUUGGCUUUGGUGUACGCACCGUUGGCCAAUCUCGCUUUCCAGAAGAAUACAAACCAAGUGUAAGACGCGAGCUUACUAGCUCUGGCUUUGUCACUGUGCGCUCUGAACCGUUCCCAGAAAACUAUCCGCCUGUACAAAAUGGAAUGCCUUUCCAGGAUCGUUCUCAGAACGAGUACCGACUUCAACAUCUACAGCUAAACAAUUUUCCCCUUCGAAUGCCCCCCUUGCCUUCUCCAACCACCGAACGAAAUGAACUCAGACAAACACCUAACAACACCUCCCAAACUCAUUCUCCUCGUCGUGCCACCAGCCCUCUUGCUGGCAACCAAGCAACUCCUUAUCCCAAUGACUUUGAAAGUAAUACCCCUCUUGUGCAAGCAAUUGUUUGGGGUGACGUCAACCACAACUUUGUGGAGUAUAUUCAUAUUGCAUUCAAAGCUCAAGGAAUCCCUAUCCAAACCCGUUUCUUACAAUAUGGAGUUGUUUCCCGUGAUAUUGUUAUUAAGCAGAUGAUAAUGGAGGGUGCCCGAGCAGUUCUCAUCGUAGAACCUGAUCAAGAAAUCCAAGGCAAGGUAUACCUACAAGUUUUCGAGCAGAGCGGUAGUACAGACACCAACAGUGUCCGUUUUGAUGAAUAUGACAGCAUUACUGUCAAAGAUGCCAUUAUAAUUCUCCAUCGUGCCCUGCAAAACUCUCCCUCUCACUCUCCACUUCCUGUGGUACCUCAAGCAUACAAUCGUAGCAAACAGCCUGCUACUCUUCCUACUGCUGUUGAUAAGCUACCCGUUUCUUCACUGCAGCCAAACCACCUAGGUUUUGGUGGUAUUCCCCACCUUCCCCAGUUUGCCCAUCCUUCCGUUGUUAACAAUCCUGAGCCUAUCCCAGGCAUUGCUACUGGAAACGUAAACGCCCUGGCAGCCUUCCUUACCUUGAUGCAAAAUGCAGCUGCCCAGACACCAGCAGCAGCUGCACCCCCUUCGGCCACUGCCCCUGAUGCUCUUCAGCAGUUACUCGCUGCUUUUGGUGGAGCAAGUGCGCCCGCUUCUGCCCUCCCCUCUUCUUCUACGCAACCUUCCAUCUGGGCUUCUGCACUAGGCUUAUUGGCCCAACAACAACCCCAACUCAAUAACAUUAUGGGUGCUGCCAAUCUCUUUAAUGGCACAAACGCCCAACUCUUACAAAGCAUGAUGGCAGCUGCAUCAAAUCCCACCCAAAAUAUCCCCACCUCCUCCCAUUACGAAUCUAGCCAACAGAAUUACCCAAACCCCAAACAAUCCUCGCUUUCUAUGCCUCAUAAUGGCAAUGCCAUGCUUGAAAGAGACGAGAUGAUUAGUAGAUUGCAAAUGCUGUCUCAAUCAGUUCAACAAUCCCACCGUGCCCAAGAUAGUACUCCCAAAAAAGAAACUAAUAAUAAGCGUGUAUAA